AUGAAGGGUAUUAUUUUGCAAAAAUUAAUAAUAAAAUGCAUCAGCAACUUAUUUUUCUUCUUAUUAAGAAAAUUUCUACUUAUGGGUUCAAAAUCUUUUCAAUUCAUGGCUUCUUAUAAAUUUUUUAAAUUUAUCACAGAUUUGCUAAAAUGUACUAGAGUAUUUCCAAGUAAUCUUCAAUUUUAUCAAAAAUAAAGACUUCAUUAUAGAAUCGUAUAUCAUAUUCAUCAAAAAGUAAUAUAUAGAGUUUUUGAAUUUUUUUAAUUUUCAAAUUUUUUUUAUAGGACACUAUUCUCAGUGACUAGGGAUUGAUUUUUGAAAGAAUUUAAAGCAUAUUCUCCUGCAUUCUAAAGCCAUUCUUGCAUUAUGGCUCUUAAUAAUCAUUUUUUUUUCAAUUCCAUAUUGAGUUUUUUCUGCAAUUUAA